GGGGCUAAGGCGGGGCGGGAGCGCAGGGCUCGCGCAGGCGGGUCGGCGCUGACAGCGCUGAGGGGAUAGCGGCGGCCGCUGCUGCGACCAUGGCGGACCAUGAGGCGGGGGUCGCGCCCAAGGCCCGGCGGGUUCAAGAUGACUCUGAUAGUGGCCUUGGCUUCUGUGGAUGGAUCCUGGUUAUCACUUCCCUCUUCUUCACUGUUAUCACAUUUCCUAUAUCCAUCUGGAUGUGCAUAAAGAUUAUAAAGGAGUACGAGCGAGCCAUCAUAUUCAGACUUGGACGCAUCCUGAAAGGGGGAGCAAAGGGACCAGGUUUGUUUUUUGUCCUGCCCUGCACAGACAGCUUCAUCAAAGUUGAUAUGAGGACCAUCUCUUUCGAUAUUCCUCCCCAAGAGAUCUUGACCAAGGACUCUGUGACAGUGAAUGUGGACGGAGUGGUUUAUUACAGAGUUCAGAACGCCACUCUCGCCGUGGCAAACAUCACAAACGCUGACUCAGCCACACGGCUUUUGGCACAGACGACUCUGAGGAAUGUUCUGGGGACCAAAAACCUCUCCCAGAUUCUCUCUGAUCGUGAGGAGAUCGCACACAGCAUGCAGGCCACACUUGAUGAGGCAACAGAUGAUUGGGGCAUUAAAGUGGAACGUGUGGAGAUCAAGGACGUGAAAUUACCUGUCCAGCUGCAGAGAGCAAUGGCUGCAGAAGCUGAAGCUGCCCGUGAGGCCAGAGCCAAGGUCAUUGCAGCUGAGGGGGAAAUGAAUGCUUCCAGGGCCCUGAAAGAGGCGUCCAUGGUUAUCACGGAGUCCCCGGCUGCUCUUCAGCUUCGUUACCUGCAGACCUUGACCACCAUUGCUGCGGAAAAGAACUCCACCAUCGUCUUCCCAUUGCCCAUAAACAUGCUGCAGGGCCUCGUAGGUGCCAAUCGCUAGGUAGGGCGGGAGGGGAGAGUUAGGGUGGGCUUUUUGCUACAGCAGAUGUUUGCAGCGCUGAAUUCCAUGUGUAUCAUAGCUUAUGGUGGUGUUACAGUGGAUUUGCUGAGGAACCUAUUAUGUUGUAUGAAGCAUAUUAUAAAACUUACAUGUAAUGUUUGUGAAUAUGGACAAUCAAACUAUCUGAAAACCUCUCAACGUGAAUACAAGCAGAUUGUGAUCUUAAAUAAGCAGGUAUCCAUAUACUAGCCCAGAUGGGACACCUCUAACCUGCAACCUCCCACUUUCAAAUAGUAUAUUUGUGGUGAAGAUCCAACAUCUAGAUAGAGAAGUAUUCCUCUUAGUUAAUGGGUCUGUAGCCCUGCAGGGGAAGUGGAACAGCCCUAACUUCUCUUGGAGUGUGGCUGUAUGCAAGAAGUUACCAGAUUGCUGUGGUGUGAAGGGGUUCUUCAGCUUACACAAGGAGAAGUAAUGGAAGUUGAUACAGGAGUGAAAACAGUACACUGGGUACUUCUGAAAAUCAGGCCCAUGCUCUCUAAAAUAGUUCCCCAUUCCUGAGAAAUGGUGGUUAGUGGAACUUUCCAUCUCUGAAAUGGAAUAACUAUGCCGUAGUUAUGGAUACAACAUACUUGCAGUCCCUGGGGGCUGCUCUGUUGUUACAGUGAUGUGCCUGCAUAGAUUUAUGCUGCUUUCAAAGCACUGAAAAGUUGUUGGGUCUGUCCUAAAGAUGUUUUUAAAAGGCCAAAGUACCGACUCCUGCAUCAUACCCGGAUCUGAAACCUCAGUUCUGGAGGAGGUGGGAUCUCUCCGAUUAGUGGGCUGUGGUGAUGUUUAACUGAAAAUGUUGUACUGUUGAUGUAUCUGUUCUAACAAAGUAGUGAUUUCCCUGUUAAUGCUGCUUCUGAGCAGACCUGUAGUAUCUGAUGUGACAGUAAGGGCUUGUACUUCACACCAAAAGCAUGUAAUCUUCAGUUCACAUAGUCUUGAGCUCUAAGUCCGCUAAACUGUAUUCAUGUUGCGUGCCUGUUUAGUAGAUGUAAUUACAGAUUAAAAUGAGAAGAACUAGAGUCUGCAUGGGGGUGAGCGGGCUCUGGGCUGCCACCAUCACUGAGUGUGGCAUCUGCUCUUUAAUUAUUGGGAUGUGGCAAUGAAAAUGAAAAGCCAAGAUCAGUGAUCUAAGUGCCCUUCUCACACUGGCCACCAUAGAGCUCCUAACUUGGUUUUUAAUCCCCUUUCUGCUACAAUCUAUUCUGUAUUUACGGGUAUUUAAGGUGUGUUUACCUGUGCCUUGACACGCUGUGCCUUUGUCACUUAGGAAAGGGGCCCAAGCGCUGCUCGGGCUGGAACUACUCGGUGCUGUUGCUGUUCUGCAAAGGUUUUUCCUUCCUCUGCACCGCACAAACACUGUACCAGUCUGCAUGUGUGUCAGUGCUUCAGCUAGUGUAAGCUGAGCUCCACUCUGCUGGGAUGGGGGGAGAAAGACAAUUAACAAAGCUGUAAUGAUGGGUGUUACCGUGCUCACACGCUUGCAGUGGGGAACAGAGUAACUGCGCGGCUGGAGGCUAAUCCCUGGGGAAGGGGAGUGAUGCUGUAACUCCCACUGGUGCUGCUGUCGAUGGCCACCCCUGUGAAUUGUUGUUGACACCAGAAGCACACUUUUUGUUCUCAUCCUGAAUAAAAACCCAUGCUGUUUACUAA